AUGCUAUGCCGACAUCCUUCAGUGAAAUGGGCCCAGAGGUCAGACAAGUUGUUCAUCACUGUGCAGCUGCCUGAUGCACAGAAUGUAAAGCUUAAACUAGAGCCUGAAGGGAAAUUUUUCUUCUCUGCUACCAGUGGGGCAGAUAACAUCCCCUAUGAAGUUGAACUUGACCUAUUAGACAAGGUCAAUGUAGAGGAGAGCAAAGCCGCUAUUGGCUCAAGAAAUAUCCAGUACAUUGUGAAGAAGGCUGAGAACAAAUGGUGGAGCAGAUUGAUAAAACAGACUGGAAAGCCUCCAGUGUUCUUGACUGUUGACUGGGAUAAAUGGGUUGAUGAAGACGAGGAGAACUCAAGCAAGGGAGGACCAGCUGAUAUGGGGGAUAUGGGUUUUGAUUUUCCUGAUCUGAAUCUUGGAGGUGGAGGCUUUGAUGGGGCUGUUCCUGACAUGGACGAUGAUGAUGAAAAUGACACCGAAGAUGAGAAUGCAGAAGAAGCACCAUUGGCAGAGAAGGAAGCAGUACCACCAUCUACUAGUGGCGAAGCAGACCCUAAGAAAACUUGA